GUCACUUCCGGCAACCCCGCGACCCUUACGUUCAGCAGGCAUGCGCCUCAGCUCGCGAGGAAAAGAGUCGGGCCACCGGAGCUUCUCCUUUUCCUCGACCUCUGACCCGCCACUCUUCAAUCGGGGCCCACGACAGCCUCGGAGGUAGUGUCACGGCACCAUGGUGAGCUCGAGUCCCGGUGGGGAGUGGGGAGCGAGGGGGCUCUGAGGGCCGUUUCUGACUCUUCCUCCAGGAAAAGAGGCCCAGGUUUGGCAGUCGGGAGACUGAAGUUUGACUCCAGCCUUUGCUGCUCUUUUCGGCUGCUUCAUUGAACAUGAUUAGAAUUCAGUGGCCAUUGUCAACCAAUGGAAACCUUUGCAUAAUUCAUUGUGGGAAACACUGGAGAAACAAAACACCAUUUCAUUGGCUUUGAGAAAGGAAGGCACCAAAGAGAAUGCUGGCCAAAUACCUAGCUCAGAUCAUCGUGAUGGGGGUGCAGGUGGUUGGAAGGGCCUUUGCCCGGGCACUCCGGCAGGAAUUUGCAGCCAGCCAGGCAGCAGCAGAUGCUCGAGGUCGAGCCGGUCAUCAAUCUGCAGCCGCAUCUAACCUUUCUGGACUUAGCCUUCAGGAAGCCCAGCAGAUCCUCAAUAUCUCCAAGCUAAGCAGAGAAGAGAUCCAGAAGAACUUCGAUCAUUUAUUUAAGGUAAAUGAUAAAUCUGUGGGUGGCUCCUUCUACCUACAGUCAAAGGUUGUUCGAGCUAAGGAACGACUAGAUGAAGAGCUCAAAAUCCAGGCCCAGGAUGAGAACGAGAAAAGGCAGAAACCCAAAACGUAACCACCUAUACUUCCCUAUGUGUGAAUAAUUUAUAGCUCAGUAAUAAAUAUCUUUUCUGCA